CCGGCGUUGGGAGGGGCGGGACAGCCGAGGUCCAGGUUUGCAGUCUGCGCCGGCGGUGUGCUUGCGACCAUGGGGGAUCAGGACUUACCUGGCGUUUUGGUGGCUGGAUUGGGAGGAUCUUAUGGUAUAUGUGAAGAUCAUGUUGGAGAUCUGCAGAAACACUUUAAUCUCAUUACCAUGCAAGAAUUUUUGGAAAAUAAAAUGCAAUUUGGCCCAAAGAUCCAAGCUGUAUAUAUCUGGGGAGGAAAGCCGGCCGUUGACCAGGAGCUCCUGGGGAGCCUGCCAUCAUUGAAGAUAAUUGCCAGCGCAGGAGUAGGUCUUGAUCACCUGGACCUGAAGCUCAUUGCCAGCUUUGGUGUAAAGGUAGCCAACACACCACAGGCCGUGUCCAAUCCCACGGCCGACAUGGGGAUGGCCUUACUGCUGGCGGCAGCUCGAAGAGUUGUGGAAGGUCAUAUGUUGGCUAGUGCACCGGAUACAGAGAAAUUUUCUACAAAUUGGAUGGGUCAAGAAGUGACGGGGGCCACUCUGGGAAUCAUCGGCAUGGGCAGUAUUGGUUACAAGGUUGCUCAGAGGGCCAGAGCAUUCGACAUGAAGAUUCUGUAUCGCAACAGGAGACGCAGGAAAUUAGAGGAGGAGGAAGCUGUGGGGGCCACGUAUUGUGAGAGUCUGGAUGAGCUGCUUCAGCGAUCAGACUUCGUGCUGUUGGCCGUGGGCCUGACACCCCAGACCCAGAGGCUGAUUGGGAAGAGGGAGCUGAGUCUGAUGAAGCCCACGGCCAUUCUCAUCAACAUCGGCAGAGGUCUGUUAGUUGACCAGGAGGCACUGGUGGAAGCUCUUCAGACUGGGGUCAUCAAAGGGGCAGCACUGGAUGUGACGUACCCGGAGCCCCUGCCCAGAAAGAAGUUUUGGUAUGAAGGUCCUUCCUUGGGCUCUCACUUGAUGGAGAUUUAUAAGCCAUCCCAGUUGGAGUCCCUAAAGAAGAGCACCUCAGAGAAGACCAGGAGGGAUGACCAUGUGCGCCUGAGGGCCCUGAAUGGCCUCCUCUACAAAGCGCUGACGGAUUUGCUGUGCACCCCUGAAGUGAGCCAAGAGAUCUGUGACCUGAAUGUGCAGCUCUCCAAGGUCUCUCUGACUCCAGACUUCUCCACCUGCCGCGUGUACUGGAAGACCACGGUCUCUGCUGAACAGAACGCGCACACAGAGGCCGUCCUGCGGAGGAGUGCUGCACACAUGAGGCAUCUUUUGAUGUCCCAGCAGACUCUGAGGAAUGUGCCACCAAUUGUGUUCAUUCAGGACAAAGGAAAUGCAGCUCUGGCUGAGGUUGACCGGUUACUGGCCAGUGCCGAUUUUGGACCCCCGGAUGAGAAAGAGGACUGUGUGCGAGAUGACGUCAGGGGCCCCGGGGCUCUGGACGCUCCUGCGCUGCAAGGCACCCCGGCCUCUGCCCCGUGCUCAAGUCUGUGUGGGAUCGAUCACGAGGUGCUCAACAAACAGAUCAUGGAGUACAAGAGGAGGAAAGGGCAAGGGCGUAGGACUGUGAGUCCUGAGGAGUCGCUGUUGAUGGCUCAUCUGGCAACGCAAACGAGAGAGGGAAAGGUGGCAGCGGCGCCCUGUGUGGAUGGUGACCUCUCCCCCAGGAACCACCCGUUGGGGGCGGCGAGCAACAACCCCAGCUCUGACCUGGGUGGCGCCCAGGUUGUGGACAGUAGCCCAGAGCAGCAGAGCAGGAGGCGGCAAGGGGCGGAGGCAGGAAGGGUGGAGGUAACCGAGGGGCAGGGAGGGGGUGCGUCUUGAGGCUUCAGCUCUGCUGGCAGAACCGCGGGCUCCAUGUGUGUGGUGCAGCCCGACGACACAGGUGGACUUGGAACUUGGGUUGAGAAGGAAGGUGGCCGUCGUAAGCGUGUGAAAGUCCUUUAGCGUGAUGGCAGCAGUCGGUCCUCCUUACUCUGGGCACUUGCACACCCUUCUCGGACGUGCACAGCCGCGUGCUGUACAGGCUCCCCUUUAGGAAGGCAGGGCAUCGUUGCCUUGUUUGCGCGUGUUUCAGCUCACGUCCUGAACACCAUCCUCAGGGUCUACUUCAGAAUGGCCCCAAGUCCAGGUUUCCCCAGGGCAGGGCAGCUGUGGGGAGCCUUGCCAGACGAGCGCUGUUGGAAGGAAGUAAAAUAAAUCCUUAUUUAAGUCUGA